AUGGCCGCUGAAUUCGGCCAAGUUCAACAGAAAUACGCCGAGGAAGCACAGAAGCGUGUGAAGGAAGAAGGCCUUGCGCAGUUUCAAGUAUUGAAAAAGAGCGACAAUGAUCGUCUGCGUCACCUUGUCGACGAUAUCUGGGCCGACCACGCGGCUCUUGACGCGCAAACUCCUGCUCUCAAAACGGGCGAUUCCCCCAAGUUCCUGAUCGCUGGUGGCGGUCUUGGCGGCAUCACAUCAGCUGUUCGGCUUAUUCAGCAAGGGUUUACGCCUGAUCAGAUACGGCUCGUUGAGACCGCCGGCGGAGUUGGCGGCACAUGGUAUUGGAACCGAUAUCCAGGUUUGCACUGCGAUGUUGAGUCGUAUAUAUACUUGCCUCUCUUAGAAGAAAUGGGCUUCAUGCCCUCGCACAAGUAUGCCGCUGGGGCCGAAAUCCGGCAUUACUUCGAAGAUGUGGUCAAAAAGUACGAUCUAGCGGACAAGAUUCUCUUCCGAGCGCAAGUGGACAAGAUCGAGUGGGACGAUGAAGCCCGUCAAUACAAGGUUGAGUUGACCGCUCGGCGAGGACCAAAGGGGGAUGAGAAGAGUUCCCUCUCGGUUACUGCUGAGUACGUCUACAUGACAGCUGGCCUACUAACGACGCCACAAAUACCCAAAGUCGGUGGUGUCGGCUUUGAGGGAUUCCAGGGAGAUAUAUUCCACACGUCGUUGUGGAACUACGAUGUCACAGGCGGCUCGUCGGAAGAGCCUUUUCCAGAACUGUCCAAGCUAGCCGGUAAACGAGUCGGAAUCGUCGGUACAGGCGCGACAGCCAUCCAGGUGGUACCAUUCCUCGCAAAAUAUGUCAAGGAACUUUACGUCUUCCAGCGCACGCCAAGCUCCGUCUUCUCGCGCGGUCAGAAGCCGACGGACCCCAAUGAGUGGGCUACUUCUAUAGCUAAUGGGAAGGGAUGGUCCCAGAAACGCAUCCGCAACUUUGUACAGGCGAUGGCAGAUGGCUUACCGGAAGGAGUCCCCAAUCUCGUUGAUGACGAGUGGACGCAUCUUGGCUCUUACCGUGCGCUUACAGGCGACAGAGAAUUUGGUGCUAUUGCGCCAGAGAAGGCUUCCGAAGUGGUCGGCCACUUCCUGCAGGUCGAUACCCCAACUACUGCGCGGGUACGCCAGCGCGUCAAGGACAUUGUAAAGGACCCGGAGACGGCUGAGAAGCUGACACCGUGGUAUCCUACGUGGUGCAAACGACCAACCUACAGCGACAUGUACCUCCAAGCCUACAACGAACCGCACGUGCAUCUCGUGGAUACGGACGGUAAGGGUGUGGACAGCAUUACAACCUCCGGGAUCGUCGCCAACGGCACCGAAAUCCCACUCGAUAUCAUUGUCUUGAGCACGGGCUACGUCACGCCUGCCAUCGACGGCGGCGACCCGUCUGUCCGCGCCGGGAUCAAGGUGCUGGGCCGAAACGGGCGGGAUCUCUCCGAGAAGUUCUUCACGGAGGGCGUGUCGACGCUCUACGGCGUCGCGUCCAAUGGAUUCCCGAACCUGUUCUGGCUGGGUCCCUCGCAGGGCCCCAUCAGCGCGAAUCACGCCGCGGCGCUAGACACGUUGGCCAAACUAGCGGCAUACAUGGUCGGUGAGAGCCAUGCCAAAGUCGGCGACAAGUCGAAGACGCAGAGACGUGUCACUACUGAGAUCGACGCCGCCGCCGAGAUGAACUGGGGCUACCGCAUAAUGCAGGGCGCAGCGCGGUUCGCUACCAUCUCCGUCUGCACGCCGAGCUAUCUGACUGCCGAGACUGGGCCCGGAGAUUCCACCAAGGGGAAGAGCAUGGAGGAACUCGUUAAGCUGGCAAAGAGAUCGCCCUGGAGCAGUGGCUUCCCUGCGUUUCUGGACAUGUUGGACGAUUUUUAUAAAAAGGGUGAGCUGGAGGGUGUGAUUGCCAGUGUCGCCUAG